GAAUAAUAUGUAAAAGACAUAAAUACCCUUUAAUCUACUUCGUAUUUUGUAAGUCAGCAAGCCCCAAAAAAAGAACCAUCAUUGCCUCCACCGUUUCUCUGGUUUUGCACCCCCUUCUCCUGGCUUUUCUGGUUUCGCAUACCUGGAAGAUACUCAGAUAGCGGUCUCAUCAAAACCCCUCUGACAAUCACAAACCCUCUUUUCCCGUCAGUUCUAUAACCUUCGGAACUGAGGACCAAAGAUUGUCAGAAAUCGAAUUCCAGAGUCUCUCUCAUGGCAGACGAGGCGAAAGAUCCAUUGGGAAAAAUAGACUGGAAGCGAAUGAGCAGUACCACUGAUACGGUGGAAAAUGGGGAACCAGUUGUGAAAAAGCGGCUUCGAAAGAAAUUCAGGCAAAUCCCAGAAUAUUACUUCCUUCCCAGGAAAUCUUUACCCGCUGCAAUUGGAUUCUACGGCUCCUUUAUUGUUGCUGGAGUUGGAGCUGGCAUGCUUUUGGAAGUUUGGAUCAACAAGAAAGUUAAGGAGGAUGGAGGCGUCAUCUGGGAGUUUGGCAAAUGAAGCAAAAGAAAACCGACCUUUUUUCAUCUAGUUGAAUGGUUGUCCAACUCUGACCGGGUUGUGUAAUAAUUUUUAUGUUUUUGCUUAGAAAAGUGUUUUUUGUUUUCUUUCAUGGUAGUUGCUGAUUGAUUCUUCGUAUAUUUCACACUAUCUGAGUUUGAUUUUUAUGUGAUAAAUGGAGAAUAUGAGUGUAGUAUUCCA